AUGCAGCGAGGAGAUGUGAUUGUCACGAAGAUCACUGCAGAGCACAAUAUUGCUGAUCCUCUUACAAAGGCACUCACGGCUAAAGUGGCUUUACUGGGAAGAGCACUACAAGCAUUAAUUGACAAUUCGAUUGCAGCAGGUGCUGCUCAAGCCCUGCAACCUCGUCAAGCUCUGGCUCUUCAGAGUGAAGCUCAGUUCAUCAGGGACUUUAGGCGUUAUGGACCCCCUACUUUUAAUGGAGAAAGUGAGAAAGCUACAGUAGUGGAGGAGUGGAUCAGGGAGUUGGAAGCUUUAUACACUUAUCUAGGUUGCAGCGACCAACUUAAAGUCAAAGGUGCAGUAUUUAUGUUGAGAGGCGAAGCUCUAAAUUGGUGGGAUGUAGUAGCAACUGUAGAAGACCAUACAAAUGAACCCAUCACUUGGACAACGUCCAAAGAUCUGCUUUACGAUUAUUACUUUCCGAAGACGAUAAAAGAUGAAAAAGAGAUAGAGUUCCUUCACCUCACUCAACGAACUUUGAUGGUGGCUCAGUAUGAGAAGAAGUUUACAGAAUUCUCUCGUUUUGCUCUGGAUCUAAUCCCCACUGAGGCGAGGAAGAUUAAAAGGUUUGUUAGAGGUCUAUGGAAAGGGAUUAAGGGACCAAUUGAUCUUCAGCGGCCAACCACUUAUGCGGAAGCAAUUAAGGGUGCCUUGGUUAUGGAUAAGGACGUCAUCGAAAAAGCUCAACCACAGCAGAAAGUCGGCUUAUCCUCAGGAGUAAAAAGGAAGGUUCCUCCGAUAUCCUCUAGCCAACCUUCAAAAACCAGCCCUCAGCAAUAG